AUGAAGGUCUUCAUCUUCCUUGCUCUCCAGGGAGCUGCUGUUGCUUUCACCACUGAUGAUGAUGACAAGAUGGUUGGGGGCGAAUACUGUCAGAAUUCCCUCCCCUACCAGGUGUCCCUGAACUUGGGCUAUCCCUUCUAUGGUGACUCCCUCAUCAGUGACCAGUGGGUAGUGUCCACAGCUCACUGCUACAAGCCUGAAAUCCAGGUGCGCCAGGGAGAACACAACAUUGAGGUCCUUGAGGGCAAUAAGCAGUUCAUUAACUCGACCAAGGUCAUCCCCCACCCCAAGUGCAAGUCAGUCAGAUAUGAUAAUGACAUCAUGCUGAUUAAACUGAGCUCUCCCACAACCGUCAACUCUUACAUGUCCACGAUGUCUCUGCCAAAGUCCUGUGCCACUGCUGGCACCCAGUGCCUCAUCUCUGGCUGGGGCAACACCCAAAGCAGUAGCCCCAACUACCCAGAGCUCUUGCAGUGUCUGAACGCCCCCAUCCUCUCUGACAGUGUCUGCUGCAAUGCCUAUUGAGGCAAGAUCACCAGAAAAAUGAUUUGUCUGGGCUUCCUGGAGGGUGACAACGACUCUUACCAGGGUGACUCUGGCAGUCCCAUGGUCUGCGACGGAGAGCUUCAGGGCAUCAUCUCCUGGGGCUAUGGCUGUCCUCUGGAAGGCAAACCCGGAGUCUACACUAAUGUCUGCAACUACUUGAGCUGGAUUCAGCAAACCAUCGCUGACAAUUAG